UUUUAAUGGCCAUUUUGUUCAUAGUGCCGUUUUGGAAGUGAACCGUAUUUAUCUGUCUAAUCCAAAAUGGCAGCGCUCACGGGCGCAUGGCCUGUGACGAGACUAACCGUUCGCCUUAGACGCGGAUUACACACCGCACGGAAACUGCAUCAUCAACGAUGUGUUCGGGUGAGAUUUGCCCCAAGUCCCACCGGGAUGCUGCAUCUUGGCGGCCUCCGGACGGCACUUUACAACUAUUUGUUCGCGAAAUCAAACCCAGGAGGAAAGUUUCUGCUUCGAAUCGAAGACACAGAUCAGACCCGCUUAGUACCAAGGGCAACCGAAAAGCUGGAAGAAAUGCUAUCCUGGGCAGGUAUCUCGCCUGAUGAAGGGCCCAGCCAAGGCGGUAACUAUGGUCCAUACAAACAGUCUGAAAGAAUUGAGCUCUACCAAGAAAGCAUCAAAGUGCUUAUUCAAAAUGAGAGUGCAUACCAUUGUUUCUGUACGCCAAGAAGACUGGAACUAGUUCGAGAAGCUGGUCGCAGAGGGGAGACCCCGAGAUAUGACAAUAGGUGUCGCCAGUGGUCAAGUUCAGAAGUCAAGGAGAAGUUAGCAAGAAAUACACCCUAUGUUAUCAGGUUAAAGCUUGAAGACGUAGCAGAGCCGUGGGAUGAUCUGCUGAAAGGACGUACGUCGCACAACUUAGCCGAUGCUGAGGGGGAUCCGGUUCUCAUUAAAAGUGACAGGUUUCCUACAUACCACUUUGCCAAUGUGGUAGAUGAUCAUCAUAUGGGGAUCACUCAUGUUCUUCGAGGAGACGAAUGGCAGACCUCCACGCCCAAACAUCUGUUACUGUACAAAUCAUUUGGAUGGGAUCCUCCCCGAUUUGCUCACCUCCCUCUCAUUCUCAACAAGGAUGGAACCAAACUUUCUAAACGAGGAGAUGACAUCCAAGUGGAGCACUUUAAGGACGAAGGUUAUUACCCAGAAGCUGUGCUGAACUACGUGACUAAAGUAGGAGGCGGUUUCUCAAGUGACGGAACUACCGGCUACUCCUUGGAGGACAUGAUUCAACAGUUCUCUUUAGAGAAACUACGUCGUAACUCUGGGAGACUGGAUCCGGAAUUCCUGGAUGAAGCGAACCGUGUUCAUCUUGGCGCCAAGCUCAGCAGCAGUAGCAGACGGCAGGUUAUAGAAGAUGUCCGGACACUUGUCAAGGCCGGAUAUAGUCAAAGCUUGGGCGAAGGGGUGUUAAGAGAUCAGAUCCUCAGUUCGGAGUACAUUGGAAACAUCCUGGACUGUGCUUUUGAGGAGUUCAACAACAAGACAGUUUCCACGUCCCCGGUUGUGCUGUUUUGGUCUGAUAGUUUUGGCUGGUCCUCGCCGGUGUCCGACCCUCCUGCCUUUCUGUCGGAUCAACAUGCACAUUACCAUGAGGGCAGGAUUAUCAAACCGAAGGAUCUUCUGAAAUCAGACUGGAGAUUUCUUUGGAGUGCUCCACAGAGGGAGACUGUUCAGGAUUUGAAGAGUGCGUCCAUCGAUGUUGCACACUUGUUGGAGAGUUGCUGUCGCAGGCUGUCUGUGAUUCAUGGCUUUGAUGCUGAUCAGCUCCAGAAGGAGCUGCAGGAGCUGGCGCAAGGUGAAGGUCAUUCUGCUAAACCCGUCAUGCAUAGUCUGAGGCAGGCACUCAGUGGUUUGAAGGAAGGGCCUCGUGUGGUGGACAUGAUGAUGGCACUGGGGAGAGACCACACUGUACAGCUUACUGAAACACACACACUCCACAUCCUCACUCAUGACAUGACAGCAUGUCACCCAGGUAAUAUCUACAAGGCCACCACAACACACUGUUUCAGGCCAAGUGAAUUCCCAACUGUUGCAAUAAUCGUAAUAUUCCAGCAAUAUCCCGGGCAUGUAGGACACCAGAAAUAGGCUUCGUCCAUUGUAUGCAUGUAGGAAAUGGAACUUGGUUCUUUGGUGUGAGGGACGGUG